AUGAUUGACGAGUUCACAGCUCUUUCUUUUACAGCGCAUCAUAAAUUACCAUUGGCAUGUUAUGGAACAUAUUUUAAUAAAGUGAAGCGAAGUAACACUUUUCUCACUUCCAUAUUUACGGAUGGCUUUAUUCAUGCACCAUUACCUUUGACAUGCCUAAGAGAAUCAACCACGCAUGAAAAAUCUCUGACGUUCAUACUUCAUUGA